AUGGCGAAAAAAGCUUCUGUCUUUAAACAAAAAUAUUUUCCUACUUCGAUGGAAAACCAAUCUUUCAACAGCGAAAUAGUGUCAACGCCUACGUUGGAGAGAGCGAGGAAACGUAGGCGAAGUAAUGAGCACGCAGUAAAGGAGGGAGAAAAGGCAAUAAACAUUCAGGUUGUUGUGAGAUGCAGGGGAAGAAUUGAGCGCGAAAUAGCAGCAAAUUCACCAGUUAUUGUCAAAACGGCCGCCCGAGAGGUACAAGUUCGGACAAAUCCUCAGGAUACUUUACCCCAUAAAACAUAUACAUUCGAUAGGGUUUUUGGUCCGGAGGCGAAUCAAAAAAAACUAUUCGAUACUAUUGUAGUUCCAAUCUUAAAUGAAGUCAGAGCGGGAUAUAAUUGUACACUUUUUGCUUACGGGCAAACUUCAACAGGAAAAACAUUUACAAUGGAAGGAAAACUUGACACAAACGAUGGGGCAUUGAAUCCAGAUGCUGGUGUUAUACCACGUUCGCUCUACAAUAUAUUUGAAACGUUGGAAGAAGAAUCAGCGGACUUCUCGGUCAGAGUUUCUUAUAUCGAACUUUACAACGAAGAGUUAAAAGACUUACUAUCUUCAGAGGAUGACCCGCCAAAGUUAAAGAUCUUAGACGACAAUAAUAGGAAGGGUGUGCUCCAUGGUCAUGAGGAGGUACUUAUCCAAAAUGCGGAACAUGGAAUACGCGUAUUAAGACAAGGUUCAAUCAAGCGUCAUAUGGCCCAGACCAAUUAUAACAAGAACUCCAGGUAUAAAGUGACAUAUAAUUAA